AUGGGCUACAAGGGCAACUUUCCGCAACUAAUGCGCGCGGCGGGCUUCAAGCUGCGCCAAUAUCGCGAUGGGCCGCUGGAUUGGCGUCAAAUGGGCUCCUAUGAGGUGGAUCGCAUACUGCGCGAGCAAAACUUUGAGCUGGUUGAUGAGGCACUGCAGCAUUUAUCGGAGGCGCCGCUGGGCACAGUGCUGGAGGCGCACAUAUUGGACAGCGGCAUUGCCAAAUACUUUAUAAUGUCGCAGUAUGCCAUACAGUACUUGCUUUGCUGUCGCACUUACCUGGACGAAAGCGUUGGAGAGCUGAGUGAGGCACAUGCCACAGCACAGCAGGAGAUAGCAAAUCUACGUCAUUCGCUGAGCGAGUCCAACAAUGAAGUAGUGCAGCUGCAUAAGAGAAUCACACAGAUCGAGGCUAUACGAGAAGUAGUCUAUCCUUGCCAUUUGUGCACCAAGAACUUCAUUAGCAACGAGGCCUUGAAUAUUCACAUAACUCGCAAGCAUCAUGUGGGUGCGCCCACGGGCGUGGCAACCGUAGUGGCCAGGGACAAGGACAACGACGUGCAGCUAAUCAACACCAUUAAAAUGGAGCUGGAAAUUAAGCAGCUUAAGGAACGUCUCAAUGCCGCUGAGCGUAAUAUCAAGGAGCGCAGCAGCGGCUCCAAACAGCAAUCAGUAUCGCAAUCGCAGUCACGACAGGAUCAGGCUACUGCUACCAUUAGCAUGCGUAAUGUUGCUAUACAAAGUAAUCUGGCCGAGUACAAGGAGAAGGAUGAGUUGAACAUUGGGCAAGACAGCGACGCUAGUGAACGCAAAGAGGUGCUCAACGGGCUAGUGGAACGUCUUAGCAGCUUUGAAGCCUGGCAGGCACAGCUCAAAGCGAGCAAUGACCAGUUCAUUGAGGACAUCAAUGAAAGACUUGAAGGCCUGACACAUGCGCUGGAGUUAACCAAGCGUCAUGCGGAAAAAAAGGAAACAGCAAUAACACAUGUUGAUCCGCAGGAGCGCGUGAGCACGCCUUGCCUGGAAGAUCUAGAGCGCAUACUUAGCGAAAAGGUGGCAGAGAUUGGCAAAGUGAGCGCCGACAAGUUGGAAGAGGUGGUUAACCAUCUGGAGUUGGACUACAAAGAGAAACUUGAAGCUCUCGAGCGUGAGUUGAGACGUCUUAACAUGCCCAAGGAGCAAGCCACCAGUUCUAGCGCAUCAAAAAUACCCAAGCCUUUGCCAAAGAAGUCGGAAACAAGCAUGGAACGCAUCAAGCGGCAGGUGGAGAAUGAGUUUCUGCAGUCUACACGCGAUGAUGAUACCUAUUCCAUUGAGCUGCCACAGCAGGAGCAGUCAACACCCAUGCAAUCCACUUCCAAGCCGUCGACAUCCAAGCAGUCAACCCCCAUGCAGUCCACAUCCAAGCCAUCACUUAUACAAGUGCAAGAGCUAACCAAUGGCAGUAGUAGCUCCAAUAGUCAUCCAACUUUCACCAAGCCCGCUGCAGAGCCCAAGCCCAAAGCCAAGCCCAGUGUUAGCCAAAUAGAUACUCAGGAAACGACCGACAUUAGUCAGAGCCUCAGCGAAGAAGAGGAGGAGGAGGAGGUGGCUGAAGAGGAGGACGCCGAGGAGCAGGGUAGCGAGCCGCUGACCUCUGAGCCUGAGCGCGAAGUUUUUAGGCUGCCAAAAAUUAAACCGACCAGCAGCAGCAGCAAAAGCUCACCGAAAUCGCUACCUCCGUUGACACGCAAGGAUGCACGCAAAAUGGUCAACUCCAAGUUGAAUCCACAUGGCUUCAACAUCAAAACCAAGCACAUAACCAAUGCCUCACUCAAGCGCAUAAAUGUGGAUUUAAUGCAGCAUCGCAACAAAAUGAAGCUGCAAUAUCCAAAUUUCUAUGCCACACGCAAUCGCAUACGCAAAUUUGUAGAGAAACUAUGCACCACCAAGCCAACACGCGCUCAGGAGCUAUUGAAGCAUAAGGAGCCGCUGCAACCCAUGGAAGUUCCUAAAAAUGAAGCCAACUUGCUGGCCACUACCGAAGAUGAUGGUAUCACAUCAGAAGAUGACCAACUUAGUGCCACUAGUGAGCAGUCGCACAGCUCAAGUCCGCUGCCACAAGCUGACUUCAAGGCGCAUUUGGAGCAGAUGUUGGCCAAGCCAGUGGCGCGUCUGCCAGUCAGGCCAAGCACUUCACGAUUGCAGUCGCAACAAGCAAAGCCAGUACCGCAGCCACGCAAGCGGGUUAUGUUCAGUGGCAAGAGUUUUGAAGACGAUGAAUUAGAAAUCAAAUAA